AUGGAUGCUACACUAUCUGAAGCUGAUACUAGAGGACCACAUACAAAAACUUCCGGUUUGAGAAGCGAAAGAUCUCCAAUCGGAAAUGAGGACAACACAAAUAAAGCUGGAAAUAGAAAUAGAAACAAAAAUAGAAAUAAAAAAAGGAAUAGAAAUCGAAACGGAAACAAGAAGACGGAGAACAAGGAACAAGAUGAACCUAAGCCUAUGGUUGGAGGCGAAGAAGUAGGAAUCGAGAAAUCCCAAGCAAAAAGUAGAAGGCGGAGAAACAAUAAUGAACCUAAUAAAAAGAAUACCCUAUACUACUCAAAGGAAAUUAAUGUGGAAGAGCGAAAACAAACCGCAAAAAGACAAGAAGAAAUCGAUCAAUGUAUUCACGCUUUGUCUGACUUCAAACUGUUUAGAAAAGGUAAGCACGUCACCUCUUAUGGUUAUCGGAUCUCCGUUAUGACAAACUCCGGUAAGAUUUCUCAGAAGGUCUUAUUUAAUAUACCUUUUGAUUAUCCAAAGGCCCCAAUGAAGCUAGCAAUGAGAAGUAACGAAGAAGUUUCCUUUUACAUGGAUAUCGUGAUAGCGAAUUUCAACUGGAAAGCUCGGCAAUUAGUUAAGGAGAAGUGGAGGAUUUUAUCGCAAAUUAACUAUUUGAUUAGUGAGUUUGAAACAUUGAAAAUGGCAAAUUAUAAACAAAUUGAUAAACUACGUAACAGCUUUUACAAAACCAUAUAA